AUGACAAAUGCAGUCUGCAAUUCCUAUAACAAAUCCUGGGUGGUCAUAACUCAAUGCCGAUUGAAGGCCCUGCAACGGAACAAAACGAUCCUCAAUGUUGAUAUGGAUUUUAUUCAUCCGGUUAAUGAUAUCGAUAAUGGUGCUUCUAUUAAAAUGACAAAUGCCGUCUGCAUUUCGUAUAACAAGUCCUGGGUUAUUAUGAAUCAGUGCCGAUUGAAGGCUGUGCAACGGAACAGAACCAUUUUAAACAUUGAUGUGGAUGUCUUACAUCCGGUAAAUAUGGUCGACGUUAGAGUGCAAAUCCAGAAAAAGGGAAACGGCUACAAACCUUGGCUUAUCGAUGUUUCAUUUGAUGCCUGUAAAUAUUUAAGAAAACCCAAUAAUCCCGCUAUUAAAAUGAUUUAUGGAUUCUUUAAAGAGUUUUCAACAAUUAAUCAUACGUGUCCAUACGAAGGUCAUCAGCGUCUAAGAGAUUUUUAUCCUAUCAUCGAGAAACUUCCUAAUCAAUUUCCAACUGGAGACUAUUUACUAAUUCUAACAUUUAUAUUUUCAAAGCAGCGAACCGCUGAGAUAAAAAUAUACUUUUCAUUUAUUGAAGACUUAAUAUAA